UGUUAUUCUGUUUCUUCCAGUAGGCCAAGAGUGGGAGAGCGUAAAGGAGGCUUUUCCACUUAAGCAAAUGGACACCAGAGGAAAAUCCUUGGAAAGAGCUAAAGGGGUGUUUUUCCUGGGUGGCGAGGUGGACGAGAUGCCUGCAGUUCAAGAAUCCAAGCAGGAGUACCGUCAGUGGACAGUGCCAGAAUACAGGUUACUUUGUGAGGAAGGUAACAGUGACUCGUGCAAAAGAAGUUUCCAAGAUAAAUUCUUGAGGCAUGAGGCAAUACAGAUGGACUCAGAGUGUGGAAAGAACUUCUGUCAGGACGUUGACCUAACUAAGAAUCAGAAAAUGCUGUACACAUGCACAUUCUGUGGGAAAAUUGCUAACAGGAGAGCAGACCUUCUUGUUCACGAGAGAACCCACACUGGAGAAAAACCGUACAAGUGCUCCGAGUGUGGGAAAAGCUUCAAUACCACGUCUUACCUCACAAAACACAAAAGAAUACACACGGGAGAGAAACCAUAUAAAUGUUCAGAGUGCGGGCAAAGCUUCUGUCAGAAAGGGAACCUGGUUUCACAUGUCAGAAUCCACACGGGGGAGAAACCAUAUAAGUGUGGGGAGUGCGGACAAAGCUUCAGUCAAAGGAAAAUCCUUGGUAAACACCAGAGGAUCCACACGGGAGAGAAACCGUAUAAGUGUUUAGAAUGUGGGCAAAGCUUCAGUCAGGCAUCACAUCUCCUUACGCACAGAAGGACCCACACAGGAGAAAAACCUCAUAAAUGCUCAGACUGUGGGAAAAGCUUUAAUCAGAAAGGAGACCUUGUUAUCCACAAGAGAAAGCACACUGGGCAAAAGCCAUAUGAAUGCUCUGAGUGUGGGAAAAGCUUUAGCACAGGCUAUCAAUUCAUAAACCAUAAAAGGUUACAUACAGGGGAGAAACCCUAUACUUGCUCAGAAUGUGGACAAAGCUUUAAUUGGAAGUCAAACCUUAUUACACACAGGAGAAUCCAUACUGGUGAGAAACCAUAUGUGUGCUCCAUCUGUAGGAAAAGUUUCAGUGAUAAAUCCUCCCUCACUAAACACCUGAGAACCCAUACAGGGGAGAAACCCUACAAAUGCUCUGAUUGUGGGCAAAGUUUCAAUUUGAAAUCAAACCUUAUCACACACCAGAGAACCCAUACUGGAGAGAAACCGUAUUCGUGCCCUGAGUGUGGGAAAAGCUUAAGUCACAGAUCCUCCCUUACGAAGCACAUAAGGACCCACACAGGAGAAAAGCCUUAUGAGUGCUACGAAUGUGGGAAAAGCUUUAUUUCUAGCUCUGACUGUAAGAAACACGAAAGGGUACACACACGAGAGAAGCCAUACAAACGCGGGAGGAAAUGUCCACUAUUCCCUCUGUUUCCGUAACAGAAAACCUACAUGUGAACCUUUAGGAUGUCUGUGAAGAAGAGUUUGGACUGAAAGCUUCAUAAAUUUAGACUGUGUGAAUAGUUUAUGCUGGAGAUUAGUGGCUACUAGAUUUAAAAAAAAGUGAAAACUAUACAGGGUUUUUCCCCUCUAGGCAACAUUCCAUUCAUUGCACAUGGAAAGCAGACCUCAUAGAUAGAUUCUUGAAAUUCCUUGGUAGAAAUUAAGUCAUUGCUAGAUUCCACCAUAUUAACAUUUAGUUUAGUUGCUGAAAUUCAUUGGAGGCAGAUGGAGCACCAACCUCACUCUCCAACAGCCAGAAGAUUAUCCAAAACUCAGCAGGGAGGAUAGGGACAAAACCAGAACUAUCAUGGGCUCUGGCUCCACCUACUGUAGGCCUCCUUGCCUUCCCGCUACCAGUCACAGUGGGCACCGUUCUCCACUGCUGAACAUAUGGGUGCUGAACUAAUGUUCCAACGUUUUAUCUUACUCUAGAGAAAUCUGAUGGACUCUGGGCCCGAGCAUCCAAAAGGUUGGUGUUGGCCCCUUAGAAGUUCCAAAUAUUUAUUCAACUAUUUUGGAGCACUGGUGCCUACAGACGAUAGAAGCAAAAUAGCUGCUUCUAAAAAAACACAAAAACACCCGGAAAUAUUGUGUGCAGCUAGUAAAAUUUGCAUUGAAUUGGGGUGAUUUUGAUAUUAGUCUGUUUGUUGGUUUCUCCCUCUCUCUUUUUAAAGGUUUUCAAUAUACCUGUUCUGUGUAGUUUUCUUUUCAGCCAUUGUUAGCCUCUGUCUGCAGUUGCAUGACUGGAAGUUUUGAGUGUGUCAAUUCAUACACACUUCAGACUCCAGUGAUGCUAAAUGUAGUUGAUGCACAUGCAAUGGCUGAAAGAGUUGUGCGCAAAGAGUUUUCUCAUUAAAUUCUAGAUCUUCCCCCAA